AUGGAAUCGCCUCAUGUAUCAAUAUUAGAAGAUCCGACAAUACACCUGCACGUCAAAUCCUGCCUCCCAAUAACUAUAAAUGCAGCUGAUCACCUGCCAAAAUCAAUUUGUGAAUCAUGUACAUCCCAAUUGAAUGAUUUUUACAAUUUCCAAUUAAACGCGCGAUGUUCGCAGGAUUGGUUGGAAACAUCGCUUCAAGAAAAGACAAGAAAGACAAACGAAAUAAAAACUUAUGUACAACCUCUGCCUGACUCAGAAUAUAAUUCUGAUUCCCUUUUAGAGUUCCUAAAUAACACGGUUAACAUUGAUGAAUAUCUCAAUAAUCUAGGUAAAGAAGACAUACCUGGUAUUGUGAAUAUGUUGGACAGAACUGUCGGCCCUGAUUACAAAAUGAAUAACAAAUUAAACAAGGCAUCUAGUCCAAAAAAGAAAGAGUCACCAAGUAAAACCAAAAAACCUAUAAAAAUGGACAUAGAUAUCCUAGACUCUGAUAUAGAAGUUGUGGAAGAAUUAUUAAAGAAGGAAAUUGAGCCAAAGAGGAGGAAUAUAGACAAACAAUAUUCAUGUUUUGCAUGUAAUACCAAAGAAGAUAAUAUAAAGAAACUUUCUCACCAUUUAAGUAUAUGUGACAAUGCAUUACGUACUUGUGUACACUGUGGUGUUUUGUUUGACUCAAAGCAAAAGAUGCGACAACACUUACUGAGUCAUAGUGUGUUGACACCAUUAACAUGCAACUGUGGACAACAAUUUGAUACUAAAGAGAGGCUAUUAGCUCACUGUAGGAAGUGUGAAAUAGAUCACAUUUCAUCCAUGGGUUUUCUAUAUUCUUGUAAACAGUGUGGAGAGACCUUCAGUGAGAGAUUCCCACUUUAUAAACACGCCAAAGAUCACAUACAGAAAUCACAAGAGAGAAUUUGUGAUGUGUGUGGACACACCUUUAUUGGCAAUGAAGCUUUGUUAAAGCAUAGGAAAGAAGAACAUGAGAAGGCUGAGAAGGUUUCCUACAGAUGCAAAGUAUGCAGUUUCUCUACAUCCGACCGAAAAUUAAUUUACAGUCAUGUACAGAAGCAUACAGAAAUAAAAGAGCCCAAUCGUCAUUUGUGUGAAUUGUGUGGCCGGAGAUUCGCCACUCACGCCACAUUGCAAAGGCACUCAUCAAAGCAUGCUUCAAAUAUUUCCAAAUGCCACAUUUGCCACAAACAGUUUGCAGAUUUAAAAUCAAAGGAGGAACAUUUAUUGGAACAUGUAAAGAUUGUCAUGUGUGAAAAAUGUGGUCAAACUGUUAAAAAUUUAGAUAAACAUCAGUGUACAUAA